AUGCUUAAACGCGAAAGCGAUAAAUCUAAGGAAUUAACAAAAUGCAUUGUAGUGCCACCAUCGUCUGAAUAUGAAAGCAACAUUGAUUUUGAGUCUAAAGAACAUGACUGUACAGUUGAAAAAAAUCCUUUCCUGAAUACUUCUUUAUCUUAUCAACAGAAUAGUUCAUAUUCAUCUCAAAAAUGUCCUCAAAGUUCAUUUUCUGAAACUCAUAACUCAAAUUAUACUCGUAAUUCCUCAACAACGCGUUCUUGGCCUGUUAUACAUCGAAAUAUUUCUCAAAUAAGUCCACAACAAACCAAUGCAAGCUUCUUAGAAUCUAAUCUCACAUCAAGCAAUACAAAAACUGAACAUCUUCAACUAAAAGCUGAGCAGCAAAAAAGAAAAUCCACUCAUCAGUAUGAUUUUGAUCAAAUAUUCGGAAUUAAUAACUCUAACUAUCAACAAUAUUUAACAGCCCAAAAAAAAUCUGAUAAUUUUGAUUUCAUUCGAGAUAAAUCACCGUCAUUUUAUGACAUGCAGAGUCACCAAGAAAAUUCUCAACAAACACAAAUUAACGGUUUCUGUAAUACACCUCCAAUAAUAAUUUUUCUUCUCAUCACCCUUAUUAUGACAACAAGCGCUACGUCAAUGCUAUGUGCUGCAUUUUUAACUGAUCAUUGGGAAAAUAUAUUAUGGGAUAAUAGUGCUUUAAUAGAUAUAAUAAAUCGAACAGAAUCACAAACAUUUUCAAAUAAAUACGAAUUUCUUCUCGAUGAAAAAGUAGUGAGACUUCCUCUUAAAAGUAAUCCUGAGAACGGUGGAGUCUUCUUUGUUUCAAUGCACGGUGGAAUUUGGUCACUUUGUUUUAAUUUAAAAGAAGAAGAAAUUGUGCGAUUAAGACCAAAAGGAUUUCCAAAUGUAAACCUUUGUUUCAACUAUCUAACCCAGAACUCAGAAAAUACAAAAAAUGAUGAUUUAAAGUUACCAGAUUGGCAGCAUGUUGAAUCUCAGACUUCGCUCCAGCCUCAUUUAAGAAUGCAAAAUUUGUCGAUAUCAUGCGCCCUUGUAUGUCUAAUUAUUCUUGGUUCUGCAGCACUAAUUGGGGCUUUUGGUGUUUGUCAACGUCAAAUAAGUGCAAUUUUAGUCACUGGUGUUAUGUAUCUUCUUGCCGCACUUUUUGCAUUGUUCACGCUUAUGAUAAUACAUUUCAAACGUCAAAAAGGAAAGUCAUUGGAUAGUGAUUAUGAUGGAACUGUGGAAGGAGUUCAAUCUCAGGAACCGGCAUUUGCUCAAAAUCUUCUCGGUGCAAGAAUAUUUACUACGUCAUGGUCAUUAGACUUGGGAUGGGGAGGUGUUGUUUUAUGUGCUUUAGCUUCGUUCUUAUGGAUAUUUUUAUCGAAACUUAUGAGAUUUUCGCCAGUAUCGCACCUAAUAUGAUAUCACAUAUGAUAGAGCUUCUUUAAAAAUCAAGCAUGCAAUACAAUAAAAAAAGGCUUAAAAAUUGUUAUUAAAUAUGUUUUAGAGUAAAAAUGUGCGAUUCAAAAUAAAUAAAUUAUAAA